UGUUGGCCCAAUACUAGGUGGUGGUGCUCAUAAAGUUCGUGCUAGUGGUAGUGGCCUUAUACGUGGUGAAGUUAAUUCAACAAAUGAAUUUAAUAUUUAUACACGUGAAGCAGGUGCUGGUGAUCUAGCUAUUGCUGUUGAAGGUCCAGCUAAAGCUGAAAUUGACUUUUUUGAUCGUAAAGAUGGUUCGUGUGGCGUAGCUUAUGUAUGUCCCGAAGCAGGUGACUAUCAAAUUUCAAUUAAAUUUAAUGAUGAACAUAUUCCCGACUCACCAUUUAAUGUUUCAAUUGUGCCACCAUUUAAUGAUGCAAGAAAACGGCUACCAUUUAAGCGAUCAGUAAAAUAG